AAUGUAAAUUUUUGUUCGGGUCGUUUGCGUGCGUCGUGCUUGCUUAUCACUAACGAAAAAUGAAUUAGAUCUGCUAAAAAUCAUUUAGUGAUUAUCUCAAAAUGUCUGUAAAAUGGACUGGCAACCGUAGUGAAUCGGGUAUAUUACGUAAAAGUGAGUUCAAGGAGAAGAAAGAAGAACUAUUCGUGUUCGGCUACUCGUGCAAAUUGUUCAGGGACAAUGAGAGAGCCCUGCACAUUGAUCAAGGAAAACACCUCAUUCCGUGGAUGGGGGAUGAAACGUUGAAAAUCGACAGGUUCGAUCCGUUUUUUACUAUAAGACUGCUAACUGUGCCGCUAAAAUUAUUUAAAAUGAUAGUCUGUACAGAAAAUGUUAAAAUUUUGGAAGAGCUUAAAGAUUUUCGCAGAGGAUGUUUUUCUGAAGCUGGUGCCUGGACGAUUCUGACGGGCUGCUAAGGCGGGCAGUGUAUUGUCACGGUGACAAUCUCCGGUGGUAUGACGCAAGAGGAGCGCUGCAUGACCUGUCAUCGCUGGAAGCCCCUUCUGGUGGCUACGACUGGCGUGUGGAGCUCACCAGAGCUGAACUGGAUGUGGAACAGCUUUGCGACGAGGAGAGAUACCGAGCGCUUCAUACUGAUGAAGAUGAAGAAGAAAUGUACAAAGAGGAAGAAUUGAAGAGGUUGCAUGCUGCUGGCUACGGACAAGUCGGAUUCAACUAUGACGCGCCCAAGGAGCAAGAAUCUGCACCGUUGGCAGAAGUUGAGGAACCCUUCCUACCCACGGCAGCCUACAAAGCAUUGUUUCCAGAAGGAAUGAUUUUGCCUGAAUCUCUGAAGCAGAAUGCCAUCAUAGAGAAGACGGCAAAGUUCAUAGCAAGCCAAGGCACCCAGAUGGAGAUAUUGAUUAAGGCCAAGCAGGGCGACAACCCUCAGUUCCAGUUCCUCAACAAGGACUCCAACCUGAAUGCUUAUUAUAGCACACUUACUGGUCUUGUGAAAGCGGAAAAAUGGCCCGAGAAGAAAGUAGAAGUUGUUGAAGAGAAACCACCAGAUAAUGAAGAAUAUUUACAUCCUAGCUUGGCUUCUACUGUCAUUGAAUCGGCGCCGUCCAUCCCUAGUAUACACUACCGUCCAUCAGCCGACUGCGAUUACACAAUGCUGGUAUCCAAAAUGCGGGGAACCCCCACCCUGGACGAAGUAUACGCGCCGGAACUGGCCCCGGGGGAGGAACCUCCACCGGGCACCGAACCGCUACCCCCCAGGGUGGCAGUGCCUGUUCCGGUGACGCAACCUGCACCGGAUAUAGCGAGAGCGCCUGUUAUGUACCAUCGACCACCGCCAGCAGUCACAGAACAAUCCCUGACCGCGCAAUAUCAUCAGUACGCGGCCUACUACAAUCAGAAUCCUGCGCAGACGCCAUCAGUCGUUCAACCAAUCACACAACCGGUUGUACAACCAGUCGCACCAGCGGUCAACGACCCCCCGCGCACCUCUACUGGGCUUAGUUUGAUGAAGAACUACAACACCGACUCGGAUACUGAUGCAUCUGAUUCCGAUGACGCUUCAUCGCCGGAGACUCCCACCAUCUUAGAUCCGCCGGAAGAUGUGCAAGUAGUCAUAGACAAGAUGGCCGCGUAUGUCGCGCGAAAUGGCGACGAGUUCGCCGACAUAGUGCGAGCGAAAAACGACCCUCGGUUCACGUUCUUAGAGCCCGCUAACGUUUAUCAUCCGUAUUACAAGAAGUUGAUGCAGCAGAAACGAGGCAUCGAUGUCAAUGGUACUGCGAAACAGGGGAAGAAUAAGUCUUCAGCAGCACCAGUCUCCUUCUCGAUCAAGAAACUCAAAGAGCCCGAUCCUAUAUUACCAAAACCAGCCUUACCAUACGAGUCAAGCUCAGACGACGAAUCGGACAAACAGGAGAAAGCCGAAGAGACCAAAGAGACUCCCAAACCAGUAGUGCCUCAAACAUUCCCAGCAGUUGAAGUCCCACCUGUAGUUGUUUACAAAAUAGAAAACCCUACUCCGGAACCCAUAACUCCUACAGUAGAAAUAGUCAAACCAAUACCCAAACCUGAACCGGAAAUAAAAGAAAUCCCAAAAGCUGUCACACCUGAACUCAAAGCUGCACCUGUUGUUGAAGAAUACACUAAACCACAAGCUGUUGCAGCGGCUGAAAAGAAAAGAGUCCCAGAGAGUCCAGUAAAAGAGAAAAGAAGAUACAAAGAGAGGAAGAAAGAGUACAGGUCUAAAUCUGAAGUGAGCGAGUCUCACAGGUCUGAGAAGAGAAGUGCUGAUAGAGAGAAGAGGAGAGAGAAAGAAGCAGAGAGAGCUAAGAAGAGACGCAGUGACAGCAAGGCUAAAGUUGAGGAUGAAAUCAUUUCGUUGGUGGAUAAUCCUGAGGAUUUGAUUGAUUUGACCGGUGACCAGUCGGAUUCAAAAGGCGAGGUAGACUCAGAAUUGGAUAGAAGCAAGCAGCAGGAGAGGCGACGGCGAGCUGCAGAGUUCCUCAAGAAGGUGGGGGUAGAUCCUACAGCUGCUACCCUGCCUGCUACCUCACUAGCCAGUGCCAUGGUGGACACCCUGGAGUCGCUGAGGAAGAAGAAAGAGGAAGAGGAGGAGAAGCGGAGGAAACGGGAAAAACGACGUCACCGACACCGUUACGAAUACGAGAAUGGUUCAGAGCGUUCACACAGGAAGAGCAAACGACGGAGAAGGUCUUCAGAGGAGGAAUCUGACUAUGACGGUAAAAGAAGAAGACGAAAGAAGGACAAGAAGCACAGCAGCAAAAGCAAAAAGCGCAGAAGGAGGGACACAGAAGUCGGCGAGGAGGAAGUGGACCAACCACUUAACAUCGACCUCACCAGCACGCUCAAGGAGUUGAGGAACUCUUCACCCACUAAGGAACUGGUCCAGGACAUCGACGAAGGCACGCAGCAAAGCCUCGGUAGACGCGACUCCACCGACGAUGCAGAAGGGAAGAGUAAAGAUAAGAAGAAGAAGAAGGAAGAUAGGGAAUACAGCGAGGGGGAGUGGUCCAGUGAUAGUGAACAGGACUCCGCUUCCUCCGCGAGCAGGAUAGAGGAAUGAUAUGACCAAUAGCCUUCCAACGCCGAGUUCCAAGACUAAAUAAUAUAGGAGCAUCACGCAUUUUUAGAAAUAUUUAUGUAUAAAUAAAUGAAUAAAUAGAAAUUUGAA